ACAGGCGGGAGGUGGGUCGGUGCGUGAGCGCCGGGCGGCUUGGGUGCAGUGUUAUCCACACAGUAAAAUACGACUGUCAGGAGGUUUCAGAUAGUAAUUUUAACACCUUGAAUCACCUGUUUCUGGACAGUUCCCUCGGAGGAGCCAAGGAUUAGAAGCUGAGAUACCGGUGUGUGUGUGAACUGGAAACUUUGGAUCUUUUGAAGGGACUCCCUGGAUAGCUUUGAACUGUACACAAAGUCAGAGAUCCUAUCAGAAGCUGCCUCCGCCCAUCCAGCAUGCUUCUUCCUGCCUUGGAGCUCCCUGGGGGCAGUUAGAACAAGUCCCAGUGUAGACAGCCAUGUGGAUGCCCCUGACAGCAGACCACAGACUGUUAAUAGUCCACCUCCAAUCCGUUUCCUCUUGGACUUCUCAGCGGCGGGCACAGAGAUACUUCUGGAAAUGAACCUGCCCGGAAGGGAAGUUGCCUUUUCAUAUUGAUUGAAGAGUGAACUAGAGACAGAAACCACCUGGCUUGACCACACCUGGCAUUACUGGGCUGGGGACACCAGUUGGGGACAGACGAAGAGGAUGAAGCCAUCUGGAGAGUAAAUGGCCACCUCCACUUCUCCAGAGACAAAGUCAGCAGCCUGGUGGAACUACUUUUUCCUAUACGACGGUUCCAAGGUAAAGGGAGAAGGAGACCCAACCAGAGCUGGCAUCUGCUACUUCUAUCCGUCCCAGACCGUGUUAGACCAGCAGGAACUGCUCUGUGGCCAGCUUGCUGGAGUCGUGCGCUGCCUGUGGGACCUUUCUGGCACCCCACCCACGCUCAUCCGUCUGCGGAACCUCAAGUUUGCCAUCAGGGCGGAUGGGGACUACCUGUGGGCUCUGGGGUGUGGUGUGGAGCUCUCUGAUGCUAGCUGCAGGCAGUUUCUGGAUCAACUCAUUGGAUUUUUUCAUUUCUACAUGGGCCCUGUCUCCCUGGCCUACAAGAGCUAUUCUCGGGAGGAGCUGAGCUUGCAGUGGGAUACCCUCAUCACACAAGUCCUCAGGAGCACCAACGAGUCGCACAGGAUCUUCAAUGCCCUGUGGAACCUGGACAGAACCAAAGUGGAGCCCCUGCUGCUGCUGAAGGCAGCCCUCAUCAUACAGAGCUGCCAGCGCUCCCCCCAUGUGCUAGCCGGCUGCAUCCUCUAUAAAGGACUGAUUGUGAAUUCCCAGCUCCCACCUUCCCUUACUGCCAAAGUCCUGCUUCAUCAGACUGUACCUGCAGACCAGAGGCUGCCUGGAGCAGGAGCGGCCCCACAGGGAACAGGAGCAGCGUUGCCCCCUGAUGUGCAGAUCACCCCUGUUUUUCUGAGUGAGGAGGAAGUUGCCAGCCUCCAUGAGUUCCCAGUAGAGCAUGAAGCUCGACUCCAGGAAAAUUCAUUUCAGUGCCCUCCCUGGGAUCAAAGCACCCCUGCCCAGGCAGAAGAUGCCUGGACAUCAGCCACUAUCCUGGAGCCCACGCUGCAUGAUGGAGCGUGGCCAAAUGGCAGCAGGGCAGAUGAGCAGAUGCCGAGGUGUGAGCAGGAGCAUGCUGGGCCCACAGGACUGUGCACCGAUGCCUGUGGCCAGGGCUCUGGCCUCAGCAGCCGGCUGCAGAAGGAGCUGCGUCUCUCUCAAGAGAAACUGGACGUGUCUGAAAUACACAUUUCUGAGGCUCAGGAAGCCUUUCCCCUUGUGCCUGCCGUGGGCGAUCAGGAAGCUACCCACACCAGCUGCAGUGCACCCACACUGCCUGAAGACACAGCUGUUUGCAGCCGUCUGGACCCUUCCUCUCUCAAGAGGUCCCCAGAGAGAGGAAGGCUGGAACAGCUUGCAGACCUUCCCCUCACCAAUGGCCAAACCCAAGUUCUUGGUACAGACCCUCUACCCAGCAGCAAGCCUCCUGUGGGUGUAGAGCCCAGUGUGGAGCCAUAUGGGAACGGAGCCCAGGAGACUCACUCGGUCCUGGCAUGCAGUGAGCACUCAGCUGACUCUCAGGGUCCCAGCCCCUCGACAGACAGAGUCGGCUUCAAGCCAUCCCCAUCUGGUCCCCAUGCAGGGCUCGUGCCCAUGAACCUCUAUACCCACAGUGUGAACGGACUGGUGCUGUCCCUGCUGGCUGAAGAGACUCUUCUCAGUGAUACUGCAGCCAUCGAGGAGGUGUACCACAGCAGCCUGGCAUCGCUGAAUGGGCUGGAAGUCCACCUGAAGGAGACACUGCCCAGAGACGAGGCUAGCCUCACAGGCAACACAUACAACUUCCUGCAUUAUGACCGCAUCCAGAGCGUGCUCUCAGCCAACCUGUCCCUAGUGGCUGCUCCCCAGGACCGCCGGUUUCUUCAGGCCGUCAACCUCAUGCACUCCGACUUUGCCCGGCUGCCUAUGCUGUACGAGAUGACCAUCAGGCACAUCAGAUGGCUAGAGAGAGAACGUCCCCUGCCCCUCUGUUGGUCCGUGGCUCUCAGAACUGGCCAAGAAAGGACUCUUACUGCUUCCAGAGUGAGGGAUGAAUGCCGCCACAGCUGUGUACGCCUGCAGCAACCCUGCCCAGGAGACCUACUUCCAGCAGCUGGCACCCACUGCCCGCGGCUCCGGUUUCCCGAACCCUCAGGAUUGUGCCUUCAGCCUCGCGGGCAAAGCCAAGCAGAAGCUGCUGAAGCAUGGGGUGAACCUGCUAUGAGCUGGGUGCAGCCUGUGUGUCACGGGGCCUGAGGAGCGGCCCCUCCAGACCGUGUCCCCAGUGCUAACGGUUGAGCAGGACCUGGCUCCUCAGUGGCAGCUACAGGAGGCUGAGUGGGCUCAGGUUCUGUCAUGUGUGAGUGCCUUGAGUACAGUGCGGUGCAGAGCAGGCUGCAGGCUCAGGAAUGCAGCUGCAGGAAUCUCAGCUGACAGUCUACCUGAGGUAUCCAUGGUGCUUUGCAACCUUACAGUGCCGAGCUCCGGGUUUUUGAAGCAGAUUCCCAAAGGCUCAAAAAUAAAAUGACAAAACUGA